AUGUUUGGUCCAUUUAAGGCGACAAGCACACUAAUGGGGGGGCUAUUGUGGAAGAUCCCUUGGAGAAUGUCCUCACACCAAAAACAAAGAGUUAGACAAAGAUUAAAAGACGUUGAUGAAGUGUUGAGGCAAGUUAAUUUAGGCUUGCAUGUCGAAAGGAGUGAAAAGAAAGGAUUAGCCUAUGAUAAAGCCAUAAGUUCCAAAACAUUGCUCAAACCAAGACUUAAGACAUUACGUCUGCUGAACAAAUCCUCAAUUUUUCCUAAAGAAUUUCAGAUGUCAUCAAAAGACAAAUAUACGGUCUUUGAUAAGAAAGAAAAGGAUUACAGAAAAGGAAUUCAUAAGGUACCCAAGUUCACUAAGCUCUCUCUAAGAAGAAAUCCCAAAUUUUAUUAG